CUGAUUACAACCUCCGUCGCAGCAUAUUUACCUUUACGGGAUAUGACAUGGCUUAUACUUUUGACAUCACUUGGCAAGACAGACAUAAAUUGACAAUGGAUCCCUCACCGACCUUCUUGGCUUUUUCAGCUCCCCCAGCAAAAAGGAUAACAGUCAAUGUAAACCAAUCAUCACCUUAACAGUCGUCCUCAUGGAGAAACUACUCAAUAAAGUCUUAUACGGAUCAUCCAGCCCCCAAGGCUCCUCUUCCAAUGGUUCCCAAUUAUUCACCAUCCGUCCACACCCACAAGACGACAACCUUCUCUUCAUCCUCCCCUCCAACGCACCAAAAGAAUCUCCUCCUCUGUACACAAUCUACAAACGUCCCAGCAGCUCAACCCUCCUAAUGCACCGCGGCCCAGCCGCCCCCGAAAACAUAAUAGCAUCAGCGACAAUGCAUCUCAGCACAUCACGCAUCGACGUGUCGGUGUUUAACCAACCAAUGGUGAUCAAGAACAGCAGCAUGACAGGGAGUUGGGGGUUUCAUACACACAUGGGCAAGUUCAAGUGGAAGGUUAAUCAGAUGACUGGCACGGGGUUCGAGUUGUAUGAUCAGAAUGGGAGUAAGGUGGCCAAGUAUGGGAGUGCGGGCUGGACGAGGUUUGGGGAGAAGGAAGUUAGUGUUUAUGUGCAGGGGGAUGAGUUCUUUGUGGUUAUGGUGUUGUUUUCGGCGGUGGUGUCGAAGGAGUUGAAGAAGAUUAUUGAUGAGGUUGUUGGAGAGGUUGCGGGUGCCGUAGCGGGUGCAUAAGUUCAGUGCAGCUGUACAUGAGUGGACAGAGGGUGAUGCAGAUAAGCAUGGCGUUUGGGUCAAGCCAAGACAGGAUUAGUGAUAUCAAUGCGAUCGGUUUGUUUUGAAAUGUCCUCGUGUAAGCGACAGCCUGAGCCUUGAAAGGAAGCCUGCCAAUGCCACCGGCUCUCAUGUCGACGCACUCUUCAAACUCCGAAUAAACCUCGCCGGAACUCCUCCCACCAACGUCUCCGC